AUGUUGUCCACCAAUAGCUCUGACUUCGAGUUGAUUGUUCGCCAGCAACCGGAGCGGGCACGGGUCGCCGGGGGGAAGGAGAAAGAGCGCAAGCCGGUUGAUCCACCUCCCAUCAUUCAACUCAAAGUUCGAGAGGAUUGUCAGAAUACCUAUCUGGCCCACCUGUACGAUGCACACGAGGAUCGUCCAGUGCCUGUACAGCCGUCCACCGCAUUGGCAGGCACCCUUGUGUCGUCUCUUCAUCGGCUGAAAGAUGUCGACAACACUGGUGAGUCCUGUCUGGGACACGGUCACCAGUCUGAAGUCGAUCAUUUCGGAUCGGUUUCAAGGAAUGGCGGAGUCCACGUUCCUGUCACGGUCCUUUGCAGACCAGGGAGUGAAGUUGAGAAUCAGGAAGGAAGCUCGGAAUAUGAUGUGAGUUCAAUCGGUUUCCUUCCAGAAAAGAGUACUGACGAUGAACCCCAAAAAUCAAGGAAACGAGCCGGUCCUCGGCCUGAAGACUUCCAGAAUAUCCCUCGAUCGCCUGAUCGCACGGCGAUUCCGCAGAUGCCCAAUCCGGCUUUCGGGGGUUAUCCUACAACUGGGAGAGAAUACAGUACCUACUAUGGGGGGCCGGCGGUGAAGCGUCAGCGGACCUCUGUGGAUAUGGGAACUCGAGGCCUCUACGAUAAUGAUGGCCGGUUUGCCCAGACCUAUCCACAGACGGCGUUGUAUACGAACCCGCCAGCAGGAGGUUACCAGAAUCCCAUGUUCCCAGGGUAUUCCACGGGCCAGACAGGCUUGCCCGACUAUGCGGUUCGUCAGCCACAGCCCGUAUCCAACGCGGGGUCCUCAUACGGCCCUUCUGAAGAUCCCAUGCUGGCAAUGAGAUCUCCAGGCGGCGCUGGGUACAUGACUCCGCAGCGUUAUCCUGCUUACACUGGGGCACAGAUUUCUUACGGUCUCCCAUCGGCUCAAAUGCCUCAACUCUCGGAUUCCCAGAGAAAUGCACAGGCGACUCUACAACCGCUUGUCACAGGCCAGGCUGUGAAUCCGCAAACAACUGCAUCUGAUUCUGCAGCCUCAAUGAUGCCACAAGUCUAUCCGCGCUCACAGUUUCAGACCAGUUCGACCAUCUUGCCUCCCCUUCAGCGCAAUCGCAACUUUCCGCAGGUGACGAACGGCACUUCAGCUCGAGGAUAUUUUGAUCAAUCUUCCCAGGCAGCUACCCCAAUCCUUCCUUCUCAACCUAUCCCUACCACGGAUGGCGACCGCUAUGGCGCUGCCACUGUUGGCCAGAGUGCAUUCGAUCCAGGCUCAUCGAACGGAACUCCGCGAUGA